AUGCUAUGUGCCCAGCAUGCCCUCAACUCUCUUUUGCAGGGAGACUACUUCACCGCACCCGACUUGUCCGCCAUCGCGCGAUCCCUCGAUACAUUAGAACAGAGUUACAGCGAAGGGAAUGAUAAUCGAACAAGCACGAACAUGGAUGAUACAGGAUUCUUUUCUGUCCAAGUCCUCGAGAACGCGCUGGACGUUUGGGGGCUGAGCGAAGCGAUGAAAUCCUACCAGGAUCAUCCACACACGCAAUUCGCCUUCAUCCUCAACCUCGAACAGCAUUGGUUCACCUUGCGCAGCUUCGGGGAUCACGCCGCACAAGGCCAGGGCCACACGCAUUGGUUCAAUCUGAACUCCUUCCUUCAAAGGCCCGAGUGGGUAAGCAAGACGUACCUCGGCAUGAUGCUGCAGCAAGCGGAAUCUGAAGGCUAUUCCGUCUUUGCCGUCACCCCCGUGGACCCUAUGGCCCUCUCCCUUCCACGCUCUUCAGCCGACGAUCUAGCCUCUGAAAUUUCAGAACCAAACACUAACACUCCGUCCGGGCGCCUCUCGACGAUCCGGACGCCUCACGCGCCCGAAGGCCUCGAAAACGAGGACCUGGAACUUCAGGCUGCACUGCAGGCGUCCCUUGCAUCGGAGCCCGAAGCGAGCUGGGCAGGUCCCUUCGUUCCCAAUCUGAGCAGCGGAUCGUCGGGACCAUCGAUUGCGAGAGGAGCGCGCGGGCCCGGCCCGAACCCUCAUCCAGCGUCUUUUUCGAUCCCCUCCUCGUCCAUGCACCCACCAGAGCCUGCAGAUCCCGUCGCAGCGAGCGUGGCCCGUAACCGCGCCCUCCUCGAGCGUAUGCAGCGCGAGCAGGAGUUCGUGCUCCGGGAACAGUACGACGACGAGAUCGCCCACUUUGCCCCUGGCGACGCGCGCGCCGCACAGGCAGGCACUACGGCAGAGGGUGACGAAACAGACGACGACGAGAUGCGCCGCGCCAUCAUGGAGAGCCUAGCACGGCAACGGCGGGCGCGAGACGGCGACGACUAUAUGGACGACGAGGACUUUGACCCAGACGCGGCGCUCGGGCGCGCGCAGCCUGCGUGGCCUGGUCCCAGUGCCAGCAUGGCCGGGGACCGUGUAUACGACGACGAUGACGCGGAGCUGCAGGCCGCGUUGAAGGCGUCGCUCGAGACUGUCCCCGCAGGCUUCCAGGUGCCCGAAUUCGCCCCUCUCGCGCCCGCGCCCCCUGUAGCGUCCGUCGCAUCGGGGGCGCGAGCCCCGCCGGUGGACGAGGCAGACGCGUCGAGCGUGACCGACACGGAACCAGAAACAGAACCAGAUUCCGAGAUUGGUUCCGCGCCGGAGGCGCCCCAGGAAGACGUGAGCGUAGAGGAGAUGCGGCGGAGACGGUUGGCCCGGUUCAGUUGA